AUGUCCAACGAUAAUCAUGAUCAUAGGAACGUUAACCCUUACGCCGCGCUGUAUGGACCAGGAAGCAAUGUGUCCCUCCCGAGUGGCUUGCCUCUGAAUGUGCCCAAUAAUGCUCUUGCUCUUCCUAUGACAAACGCGUGGCCGGUCGUUGACCACGAAGCCAAGGCCUUAUACGACCGACAGAUCCAGGCAAUGCAGGCUCAACUCGACGCGUUCAAGUCGACAGUCGACAGUGGGUACUCGCACUAUACGGCGCUCGAGAAAAUGGUUGAAUCUGGAGAGAGGGCAAAACAGGAACUCGCGCGGCUGAGGUCUGGGCCUGCAUAUUCCCCUACCGUCCAGCCGCAUGAGACACUGCUUGGGCCUCGUCCUUCUGCGAGAAUCGAGGAGCUUCCCAGUCCAGGGACAUCUUCAAGAUUGGGACCAUCUCAUCGAACCCAGCAACAACAUGUCCAAUCGCAACUUUUUCACCCUCCUCCACAGCAGACCCAACAAAACUCGAUGCACAAUCCAUACCCCUCCCAGCAACGUGCUCGCUUAGCUCAACCCAUUGCACAACCGUACAUGCCCUUCAACCAGCGCCCCCAAUCUGGUUUAUCUCCUCAGUAUCGUGCGCCUGGUCCCAGUAGUGUGAAUACAUCACACGUCAAUCCUGCAUCAGUGUCCGGUCAACGGUGGCCUCCCCAGGGAAUACAUAUCCAGGGUGCACCUAUCGCGGCCCAACCUCAGACCAAUAUUUCAAUUACAGAGCAAUCAUCUUUCUCGUCCCUAAAGGGUGCCCUUGGGCCGAAAGCCGCAUCUACCCCUUCAUCUAUGGGCAAGCCGGCGAAGAUGUCUCAGGCUUCAAGUUCAUCAUCGGCCUCUGCUCUGCCUACUUGGAGCAGCCAAACCCAGAAAUCUUCGACACGAUCGGCGCUACCAGAAGAAGAAGCCAAGCAAUGGAUACCUUCUUUGGUUACGUUCCUUGAGCAGGAAUUGCCCAAAUUUGCUGCGACAGGCAGGCCAAAGACCUACUACUGCGAUAUGCAAACCAUCCGAGUCUACAAGGACGAACUGAGCCAGGUCUGGGUGACAUUGACAGCGAAUGGGGUACCGGAAGAAAGAUACAAAUUGGAGGAACUCACUAAGGAGACUUUGCUUCGGUUUCUAACUCAUUGGAAGCGACUAGUCCCGGGAGCGGUGACACCCGCAGCCAAGUCAACGACGUCUUCAACGCCGCAGCUGUCUUCUACUUUCACCCCGUCCGGCGUAGCUAAGCCAUCCCAAUCUACUGAUGCGACCAAGCAUGACACCGUCCAACCUACGUCUUCAGCGAAGCCGUCGAAUUCAUCCAAUGCGACUGCCGCUGAUCCCAUUCAAACAACGCCUGCAAAGGGGAAGAAAGCCGGGCAACUAGCGAGAGACAUUCUACGAGCCCUUGGGAAGACACCACCUACUAAUGGCCCAUCCGGCAACAGCGUCACAAGCAAGAAACAACCGGAGAAGAGUGUUGAACCUGGAGCUACUGCUUCGAGUUCAGUCAAUGGCCUACAGUCCUUUGCACCAGAUAUGAACGUCGAUGACGGCGUAAUACCUCCCAUCGCGCAUCUCUCACCGACACCCUCGUCUCCUGGCCCACACGACGAGGCAUCAGCAAAGGUUCUAGCAACGGCCACGACAAUAGUGCCUGAGCCACUUCCACCCCAUAUAAAGGCACUUCCACAACCAUCAUCGUCGGAUCCUGUCUUUAGCCCUACUUCUGCGUUUGCCUCUCUCCCCCUUCGCCCCAUGGUGUCCAGGCUCCCCUCUUUCCCCAAACCAACCCCACAGCUGCAGCCAUACGGCGCGGAGACCAAUCAGUUUCCAAGUUCGUCGGGCAUCGCGCUCCCCCCACAGCGGGAGGUUCCGAAGAAACGACCACGGUCGGCUGUAUCCGUUGAGAUCCCAAUCAAGUCUCCCCCGAGGUCUCCCAAAAAGAAGCCACUCGACGACGUUAAGACACCGUUGUUUCUUCGCUCUUCGAGUUCCCCUGUUGACCAAUCUAUUCCUGACACCGACAUGAACUUCCAUGGCCCUCCCGAUACGCCGACAGACUUCGAUGGUCAACAAGAACACGGGGUCGCCGCUCAGUCCAGAAAGUCGGGAAAACUUCGGCAGGUUGAAGUUGUAAUUCCCCCGCCUCCGCCCUAUGUUGCGAGGUAUCUUAAGAAAGCGGGCAAGCGACAGGCCGUUGAUAGAAAUUAUUCUAUAUCAGAAUCCACGGAAGAUACGUCAUCGAGACGAGAGUCGGCGGGUGCAGAUUCGAUUCCUGGUAGUGUAAUUGAAGAGUAUGAUUUGGAAGAAUCCAAGAUGGUCUGGGAAGCUGGCGAGAAAGCCCGAAGACGACCGUGUAUGUGGAAGGAAUGCGACAUGAUUUUGAACUCGGCAAAAACUCUGCUGGCUCAUUUGAGGAGAUUCCAUGGAGACAGUGUAGAGUUAGGAGGAGACGAGUCGGUGCACAUAUGUAGUUGGCAUCACUGCGGCCAGAUCUUCGCCGAUCAGGAAAGUUUCUUCAAACAUAUAGAUCGACAUGCAUGGUAUCCUCUAUGCUGUAUCUAUGAAGGCUGCGACGAGACUUCGCGUUCAACGCGCCAACUCCGUCACCAUUAUGAAACAAGCCAUAAAGAGGGCGACGCCAUGAAACCAACGCCGGAUCCAUUCCCUCGGCCGUCGUUGGCGGAGCCGCCUGCACUUCCUCCCACCAUCCCCCCUUACAUCCUAGCUGCUAGAGUCAUUCCCGCGACUAUAUCACAGGCGCGGCAUAACACUCUUGGUCCAUGGGUACUGCGGCGACUCUUCCCACCAGUGAAUGUUCGACCCAAACGUCACCAUCGUGGUGCGAUACGCCUGUCAACUGACAGUGACAACCCCUACGAAUUUUUAAGUGGAUUCUCCCGCCCUGCAAAGGUUCCCCAGUUAGAAGACCUGAACUCCGCUGAGGUGUCGCUCGCCGCACACAAUGGCAUGUCGUUACAGCCUAGUUCCUCGUCGUCCGGCGUUUUAAAGGUAGUCAUGCCUGUACUGGAUAACGAAGAUGUACCGAAAAGUGAACCCUCCGAUUGA